AAAAAAAAAAAANAAAAAAAAAAUCUCCAAAACCUAAAUUCCUAGAUCUGAAAUUUUCUUUUUGGAUCUCUAGCUAGAAUCACCAUGGAAGAAUCCGCCAUCAAAGGUCUGAAAGUGUUUGGUGCAGACGCUCCAAAACCCCGCGUUUUGACGACGGUUUCCGUUGAGGGAUAUGACACUUCGCUUCCAAAGUAUCUUGCCGAGCUCUCGUUGAGAAAACUUUUCUCUUCAUGUGGAGAGAUUUUGUUUUGUCGUGUUUCCAGACACUAUGGUAGGGGUAUCCUCGUCAAGAGUGUUGCCUUCGUGAGGUUCGAGGGAGGAGCUCCGGAAGAAAAGGCGUUGAAACUUAAUGGAACUGACUUGGGAGGAUGGACUCUAAUCGUUAAGCCUGCAACCUGGGAUCUUCCUUCUUCUGUUGAUCCUAUGUCUUUUGCUACUACUGCCGAAGAACAAAGGGUCCGCACUAAAGGAAUUGACACUUCGCUUCCUAAGAUUGAUAACCAGAUCGCGCUAUGUAAACAUUUCUCUUCAUGUGGAGAGGUCUCGCAGGUUAUUGUUAUCUGUGAUAGCGGUUUAGCUGACAUUUUUAUAAAAGGAGAAAGAUGUGUAGAAAAGGCGCUGGAACUAAAUGGAUGUAAAAUGGGAAAUAGGACUCUUUCUAUUGCACUUGUUGUACCCGGCCCCCCGAAAAGAAAGGGCGUCACCAAUUCCUGUGGCAAGAUGCACCCAAGGUUUUUUAUUGACCCUGUUACUAAGAAGAUGAAGAAGCCACAGACGGAGUGGGCGAGAGAGAUGCUGAAGAGGAUGGAGAUGAAGAUCGAGAGGGACAAGAAGGAGAAGAAGAUGGAGAAGUUGAUGAAGAGGACGAUGAAGAUGAAGAUUAAGACCGUAGAAUCGUAGAUGGAGAAGUAGAAGGCUCUCUCUUAGGAGAAGACUAAGCCUCGUUGGUGUUGUUAGCUAUGAUACAAUGCAACCUUUGUUUUCUCUUUUCACUUCGGUUUUUUGUUUAAAAGUAAGCAAGCUCAAUAAUCAUCAUCAUCUGCCUGCCUUUCUCUGGAUGUUAUAAAUAAUUUUACUUAUUAAGCUCAAUAUUUGUUAUCUGCUUUUGCACCGUUUUGCUAUUACAAAUGCAGCCUUUGUUU